AUGAAGUACAAGGCAAUGUAUUACACAAGAUUAUAUGCCAAUACUUCAGUUGACCAGAGCUACCAACAGCCUCCACACGUCCCCCCAGACCAGAGCUACCAACAGCCUCCACACGUCCCCCCAGACCAGAGCUACCAACAGCCUCCACACGUCCCCCCAGACCAGAGCCCAACAGACCCAGAGACAGCCUCCACACGUCCCCCCAGACCAGAGCUACCAACAGCUACCAACAGUCUCCACACGUCCCCCCAGACCAGAGCUACCAACAGUCUCCACACGUCCCCCCAGACCAGAGCUACCAACAGUCUCCACACGUCCCCCCAGACCAGAGCUACCAACAGUCUCCACACAAGCCGUUAUUUCAGAGUCUCCUCUGAUAUAUUGGGCCUAUGGGGUGACUAUACGUCCUCUGAGGCCAUCAGACCAAGGGGUGGAGCCAUGGACCACCUCACACGGGCCAUGGACCACCUCACACGGGCCAUGGACCACCUCACACGGGCCAUGGACCACCUCACACGGGCCAUGGACCACCUCACACGGGCCAUGGCCCACCUCACACGGGCCAUGGACCACCUCACACGGGCCAUGGACCACCUCACACGGGCCAUGGACCACCUCACACGGGCCAUGGACCACCUCACACGGGCCAUGGACCACCUCACACGGGCCAUGGCCCACCUCACACGGGCCAUGGCCCACCUCACACGGGCCAUGGACCACCUCACACGGGCCUCUGUGGAGCUCUUGGGUAAUAAAGGUCAUCGCUAA